AUGCGUUCAAGUUCCACCGCAGGGCUCACCUCGCAGCAGCUGCUGGAGCGACGCCGCGCACAGAACAAGCUGGCCCAGCGACGCUUCCGCGAGAAAGCUCGCCUGGCACGUGCAAUGGGCUCGGCGUCGGCGUUGGGCAGCGACUCUUGCUCCAGCUCUGGUAUGGGCUUUGGUCUUAACCCUGGCUUUGGCUCUACCCGGCAUCUCGCUCUUCCCGCUCAUCUGGACCUCAGCAGUGCUUCCUCGCAUGACGAUCUUCAAGCCAGAGGACGUUCGGCAUCAGCUGGCUCCGCAUGCUCGUCAUCGUCUGCAUCGCAGUCCUCGCAGAUGUCGAGCCCCACAUCGAGCUGCGCCGAGCUUCUCACGCCCGUCAUGCCCACCUUUAUCGAAUUGGCAAAGCCCCGGGCGGCCAAAGCGCACACUGAUGUUGAAGCGUCUGCGCUCAUGGAUCGCGAUCUCAAGGCUGAGCAGGACUGGGCUCCGAUCGCGUCCCUGUACACCGAUAGCUACGCGUCGUUCAAUCCGAGCCAGCAUAUUCCCACGCCAAUUAUGGCUGCACCCGCACCAAUGACAUUCUCAACCCUAGUCUGCCCCUCGGGCGUCAGCUGCAACGUUGGACUCAAGAUGGUCGGGAUACACUCGGAUCCACUUCUUCUGAAUCAAGCGCUGCCCAGUCCCUCGGUACUACCGCCCCCCUCGGCAAGCCACUCGAUGCCCUCGAGCACAAUGUUUAUGAACUUCGAGCCAAUGGCUCCGGUUGAGUCUAUCGCCUCCUUUGACUACCUACUCCGGCUACCUUCAACCCCUUCGUCUGCGUCAGACUCCAGCGAGGCGGCCAGUUAUCCGAGCACAGAUUCUCGCUCUUCUGUGCCCUUCGACGAGGCCAUCUCGGAACACGUCGCGCGUGCGGAGCCUCAGCUGUCACAGCCGACGCGAUCCGUCGCCAUCACGUCGCUCUCCUUUGCGAGCGUCGCCCAGGCGAUCGCAUCGCGCUUUGGUCUAGCACACAGCGGGGACGGCUUGCGAGGAUUGCUUUCGCGUCUCGAGCUCUUCUCCAAGUCUGGGUCCGCCGAUUUGGAGCCUGCCAAGGGCUUGGUCUUUGAUGCUGGCAUCGACUGGGAUUCACUGAGUUCCAACAUGCUCCCCACGACGGAGCAGCUGCUAUAUCCGCACCGAGCCUUCUUGGACGCCUGUCUGCCCUGGCCAGCCGUUCGAUCACGCCUGGUCAAGCAUGCGCUCGCCCAACCCGUUUGCGAAGAGGAGCUCGCCUUGGACCUGCUUCUCUCGAUCCUGUCCACCGACGAGGGUGUCGCGUCGUUCCACGUCUACGGCGAUGACGUGCUGGAUCCCGAGGCGUGGGAACUCAGCGAGCGCAUGCUGCAGAAGUGGUGGGGCCUGUUCGACGCCUCGAUCCUCCGCAGGACCAACUGGUGGCGACGCCAGCGUGGCCUCACCGAACUCUCUAUGCCUGCGCCAACGAACUCAAGCAACGCAUUCGAGAGGCAGGGCCUUGGAACCGGCUCGCUCGACCAGGCUCACCGUCUUGCUUCCACUUUGCUUUAA